AUGAGUUCUUUAAUUGAUACAGAAGUAUUGAAUAACCAUGUUAAUUUGGCUGAUAAUCAAGUCAUACAGCCAAUAAAGGAAAUUAGUGGCGGUAUCAAUGUGUCUCAAUUUUCAAAACGAAUAUCAGAUAGUUUGGUGAUGUAUCAAAUUAUUCGUUAUCCAGAUCGAUGUUUAUUUAUAUGGAUUGGAACGAAUGGUGAUAUGUCAUUAUCGAAUUUAGCGAUGACAAUGCCUUCAAUGGUUCCAUUAUCAACGUCGAAUAAUACAAAUAAUUUAAUUGGUACAACAUUAUUUGGUGGAGAUUUUUAUGAACAUUCAUUAUCGUUAAGUAAAAAAUUAACACGUCGAUUAAACAAACAAGUUUAUGUUAGUCUAAAUUUACCAGAUGAAAAUGAACUAUUACUUAGAGAAAUUGAAUCGGCUCUAAUCGAACAUAUUCGUCAAAAUCCCGAUGCAUAUUGA